AUGCUAGUAAGGCAGGCAUGCCCACUUGCGGACUUGCCCAGGAGCGAACCAACUGUUACUCGUCUGAUCCGGUCCCGCCCAAUCACUCCACGAGGAGAGACGACACUACACACACCACACGCCCGCCCCGCCGAGAGCACGCCCACCCGGCCACCCCCACCCGGUCGCCAGUCGCCACCAUGGCCGCGCUCCUCCAGUCGUCUUUCCCCUUCCCUCACGCCUACUUCCCCAACCCCAAGCCCCACCACCUCGUCGCCCCCGCCGCUGCCACCACGAGCCCCGAGUCGCCGAACGCCCCCAAACCCCGCCAGCGCCCACCUCCGCCGCCUCAUUGCCCGCGAGGACCUCGCCGGUGCCGCGCGCCUCGUCGAGCGCUCCGCCUCCUGCGACGGGGAGGCCCCCGACGUCUACCUCUGCACCAAGCUCAUCCGCAACCUCUGCCGCCGGGGCCGCACCUCCGACGCCGCCCGCGUGCUCCGCGCCGCCGAGGGCUCCGGGUCCCCCGUCGACGUCUUCGCCUACAACACCCUCGUCGCGGGGUACUGCCGCUACGGCCAUCUCGACGCCGCGCGCAGGCUCAUCGGCUCCAUGCCCGUCGCGCCAGACGCCUACACGUACACGCCACUGAUCCGCGUGCUCUGCGACCGCGGCAGGGUCGCUGACGCGCUCAGCUUGCUCGACGAUAUGCUCCGCCGAGGGUGCCAACCCAACGUCGUCACCUACACUGUGCUCCUGGAGGCCCUGUGCAGGAACAGUGGGUUCGAGCAGGCCAUGGCAGUCCUUGACGAGAUGUGUGCAAAGGGGUGCACACCCAACCUCGUCACGUACAAUGUCAUCAUCAAUGGCAUGUGCAGGGAAGGCCGCGUUGAUGACGCCAGGGAGCUCUUGAACAGGUUACCCUCUUACGGGUUCCAGCCCGACACUGUCAGCUAUACCACCCUCCUGAAGGGCUUGUGCGCUUCUAAGCGGUGGGAUGAUGUUGAGGAGCUCUUUGCCGAGAUGAUGGAGAAGAACUGCAUGCCAAACGAGGUGACAUUUGACAUGCUAAUCAGAUUCUUUUGUCGAGGAGGUAUGGUGGAGCGAGCUAUUCAAGUUCUUGAACAGAUGACGGAGCAUGGGUGCGCCACCAACACUACCUUGUGCAAUAUUGUCAUAAACUCAAUUUGCAAACAAGGCCGGGUUGACGAUGCCUUUAAGUUAUUAAACGACAUGGGUUCCUAUGGGUGCAAUCCAGAUACCAUUAGCUAUACCACGGUCCUAAAGGGCUUGUGUCGUGCCGAACGAUGGGAUGAUGCCAAGGAACUUCUGAAAGAGAUGGUCCGGAAUAAUUGCCCCCCAAACGAGGUAACAUUCAAUACAUUUAUCUGCAUCUUGUGCCAAAAGGGGUUGAUCGAGCAAGCUAUUAUGCUUAUUGAGCAAAUGUCAGAGCAUGGGUGUACAGUGGGUGUUGUCACAUACAAUGCUCUUGUCAAUGGAUUCUGUGUGCAAGGCCAUAUUGACAGUGCCCUAGAACUGUUUCGCAGCAUGCCCUGCAAACCCAAUACCAUCACAUACACUACUUUGCUGACAGGCUUGUGCAACGCUGAACGGUUAGAUGAUGCUGCAGAUCUCGUAGCUGAAAUGCUUCGUAGGGAUUGCCCUCCAAACGUAGUGACUUUCAAUGUACUUGUGAGUUUCUUCUGCCAAAAAGGAUUUCUUGAGGAAGCAAUUGAACUCGUUGAGCAAAUGAUGGAACAUGGUUGCACCCCUAACCUGAUCACAUAUAAUACAUUACUUGAUGGGAUUACCAAGGAUUGCAGUUCAGAAGAUGCCCUGGAGUUGUUGCAUGGCUUGGUCAGCAAGGGAGUAUCACCAGAUGUCAUUACAUUUUCUUCGAUCAUUGGUAUCCUCUCAAAAGAAGAUAGAGUUGAAGAGGCCAUUCAAAUGUUUCACGUAGUGCAAGAUAUUGGAAUGAGACCAAAAGCUGUGGUGUAUAACAAGAUACUACUUGGGCUCUGUAAAAGAUGUGAAAUAGAUAAUGCUAUCGACUUUUUUGCCUAUAUGGUAUCCAACGGAUGCAUGCCCAAUGAAUCAACCUACAUUAUACUUAUUGAAGGCCUUGCUCAUGAGGGUUUGUUGAAGGAGGCCCAAGAUCUACUGAGCGUGUUGUGUUCAAGAGGAGUUGUAAGCAAGAAUUUAAUAGAAGAGUUACACUAA